CCGUGGGUGGCUUCCCCUGGUGGGGCUUCAGUAUUUACAACAAUAUUAUCGGAAGCCCAUCUAUCCGACGCGGCUGUUCACCACAGACAGACAGACAGGGAAUCAGACGGUCGGUAGGACAACUUUGCUGUUAUUUUUUUUUCCCCCAGUAACACACCGAUGGGUUUCUGCUCAAGUAAAGACUUCUUUUGUGCAUUUUGGAAAUAUCUCUUAUAAUGUUGGCGAGUGCUAUCCGUCUACCUUGUGCACUGCAGUGGUGCGCAGCUUCGCCUGGAGAAACACCUGUGCGCCUCUCCUCUCCACUGGCCACAGUCAUGAAUGUUGAGUAGCAUACGAUUCCACAGACUACAGCUCGCCCCCUCCCUCCCCCUGAGGAUCCAUUUAUGCAGCUCCUGCUGAGCAACCUCUGAAUGCCAAUUAUAUUUGUGGAGAACAGAUAACCCUAAGGUGCACUGUCUGUCUACAUUUGUCUGAAAGAACAAGAAAGGGAGCAGCACAAAUACCGCACAGCCAGACAUCAUGCAAGGAGAAACCUUCCCUCGUCGUUGCAGAGUGCUGAAAUGUUAGGACUGAAGACAGUGUGUGUCAGAUCAAAUCAGCAGACUGUUUACAUUAGGAGGGGCGAUAAGAGCUACUUGCCAGUAGACUCACUAACACCCCGUGUGUGGUUCAAGGCCCCUUUCAUUUACGAUCAAGAAAAGACGUGUUAACUGAUCUUUCAUCAGCACUUUUUUUCUGUGAGAUUCAGCAGUCCAGAGAACAGCCAAGAUGGAGUGGUCACUGGAGAGUGUGAGGGAGAUGGUGGCUGGAGGGAUGCAGUCUAUAAGGGAGUGUGAGAUCUGUGCUUUUGCCAUAGGCAUGUGUGUCCUGCUGCUCUUUAUGUGGUAUUGUUACAGGGUGGGCCGAGAGCAUGGCUCCAGCCCCCUUCGUGGGAGGUACCUGGCUGGGCCUGGCCGGAUUGGAGGGGUGGUGGGGGGCUUUAUGAGUUCAGACUGCCGUGGAAGGGGCAAAGGGAAGCAUGGGUCCAUGUUGGAGGAGCAGAACGGCUUCGCUUUCUGCCAGUCGUCUGAGUGUUUCCGCUGUACUAGUGCUGGGGAGAGUCUGAACCAGAGGCUCUAUCACAGUUUGCAGGAUUAUGCCAAGCGCUACACCUGGUCAGGUAUGGGCAGGGUGCAUAAAGGAGUUCGUGACCAAGGCCGAUACCUUAAUAGUCGACCAACCAUCCAACGGCCUGAGGUCUUCUUCCUCCCCGACCUGCCCUCGGCACCUUUUUUCUCUCGGGAAGUACAGAGACAUGAUGUGGAGCUUCUGGAGCAGAGCUUCCCUGCCCUUCUGGCUGAGUUCGAGAGCAUCUACCAUCAACCUCCUGCCCGGAGCGGCUCCUCCCUCCCACCAGGGUGGAAAGUCAACAGCACUCCUCGUGGGCAGUGGUGGACUUACUAUCUGGUCAAUCAGGGGACCCCUUUGGUUCUUAAUGUCAGGAGGUGUCCUCGGGCCUGGAGGGUCCUGGGCCAGCUGCGUACCUUCAUCGCCAACAACGUGUUCGGAAACGCCUGCUUCUCUGUGCUGACUCCUGGAGCUCUGAUCACUGAGCAUUAUGGUCCAACAAAUGUCAGACUGCGCUGCCACCUGGGUCUCAGAGUGCCUCCUUCCUGUGAGCUUGUCGUUGGUGGAGAACCACAGUGCUGGUCUGAGGGCAGCUGUCUCCUUUUUGAUGACUCCUUCCUCCACAGGGCCUUCCACGAGGGUGGUGCUGAGGACGGCCCCAGGGUGGUCUUCAUGGUGGACCUCUGGCACCCCAAUGUGGCCGCUGCUGAGAGACAAGCCUUGGACUACAUUUUUACUCCGGGGCGCUUAGAGGAUAAGGAAGGGAAAUAAGUGUGAGUGAGAAACCAUGUCCAAGCGAGAGACAAGAGGGCAUUUAGGAAAGUGUUUGUAGGAUUGGGGAGCAACUCUUUUUCUGCCUCCAGACCAGCUUUCACAUUCACUGUGUACAUAUUCUCUGUCUCAUAUCCCCAUAACUCUUCUUAGCAGCUGACAAAACAUUGGGCCUCCCUUAUCAGUCAUGUUCAUGCCUUGGCUGUACACUGUAGUUGUGUUAAAUGCAGCCACGCUUGAAAGUACAAACUGAGUCAGUGCAUGAUUGUUCCAUUUCAUUACUAUGUAUUGAUAAAUACCAUGUUUUAGCUAAUUAUUUUAAUGUUGAAGUGUUGAAUGUUUAAAGAAUUUGCAAAAGAUACAUGACAUGACUGUAUAGUAAACACUUUGCACACCUAUCACUUCCCAUCCAGCAACACAUCUAGCAUCAUUUUACCUUCUCUGAGCCAUUUAUCAACUAAAAUAGUUUAAAUAGAAGCUUGUAUUAGUUGUACAUUGUGUUUUCUGUGUGAUACAGUUCAACAGCUGACAGAGUACAGGGUACUUUAUAGACAAAAUAAAUUACGCUUACUGGGCCAAACUGUAACGUGUCACUCACUUGCUGUCAUGUUUCUCAACAUUCAGUGUAAAGGUUUUAAAGCUGCAGUGCUUGAUAGUUUUUCAGCACCACUGGGCAAAAAAUCCACACUUCCCCUCAGCAUACUGACACUGAAGUUCUACUCAUUGCCUGUGUUUUGAGGCUGUAGAAAAAGUACCCCCUGAUGCAGGUUUUGUCUAAUCACAGGUGUUUUCAGACAGAUAAAAGGACUGUAAAUACUAAUAGCAGAUCAGGUUCUGUCAUACUAGUCUGUGCCUCAAUACAGAAGCUUGGAAAAGUGGUUUGACUUUUCCAUGACAUCAUGACACAACAUCGGAUCAUCUAUCUGUAUUAAGUCUUUUUGUUUGGACAAAGAGGAGAGAGCUUCAUUAGGAAGGUGUGCUUCCUAAAAUUCAAGCAUUUUUUUUAAAUCUGAUUUCAGGUCCUGCAGCUUUAAAACAGGCCAAAUCAUCAUCAUCAUCAUCAUCAUUAUCAACACAUGAAGGCAAACCAUAAUGGAAGAAUUCAACAUCUUCCCAUGUCAUUGAAUGAGACACAAUAACAUUAUUAUUGUUAAAACUGUGUGUAAAGUAUUACUAGUAUUACUUACAGUCUGACAAUUUACUUGCAGUUCCUUUGACACCGACAUUGUAAGGGCUAAGAAAUUCAGCUUCUUGUAUUUAAUUUCGAGUCAAACUCAAUGUUAAAUACCUGAUUCAAAUAAUGACAUGAUUGUCAGUGCAUUUGCACUUUUUACAUUGCAUAAUCAUAAAAGAGGACAGCCUGUAGUCAUGAUAAUAGCUAUGGAUGGAUGGAUGACAUGUCCUGGGAUUGUUUCUAGCUUUGGAAAAAAUUAUCAGACAACCUGUGAUUUUUUUUUUUUUCUGUAGAAAUUCAUCAAAGUAUUUAAAUGAUUACAUAAUACAUUACAUGAUACAAUCUAGUGAUAAAAUGCUUUCAAUAAGUAAUGCAUAACAACACAAAAUCUUGAAAUGGUAAAAUUUUCUAAUUUUGCACUAAAAAAACACAUUUUUGAGACAUCAUUAUCAUGUGCAGUAGGUGCAUGUACUCUAAUGCAACUUUAUUUGAUGCACCUUGUUUGUACUGGGUGUACCUAAUAAAGUGGCCGGUGCAUUCAUGGACGCUCUUCUGCAUACCUCAGUUGUAACUAAGGGUUAUUUGAGUUACUGUUGCCCCGUUAUCAGCUAGAACUAGCCUGGCCGCUCUUCUCUGCACUCUGGCAUCAACAAUGCAUAUUUUCUCCUUCUUCAAUCAUUCUCUCUGAACCCUGGAGAUGGUUGUAUGUGAAAAUCCCAGUAGGUCAGCAAUUUCAGAAAUACUCACAUCAGCUCAUCUGGCACAAACAAACAUGCCAUGUUCAAAGUCACUUGAUUCACCUUUCCUCCACAUUCCAAUGCUCAAUUUGAUCUUCAGCACAUAUUCUUGACCAUGUCUACAUGACUAAGUGCAUUGAGUUACCACCAUACAAUUGACCUGCUAUGUAUUUGUAUUACUAUGGAGUUGAAUAGAUAUACCUAAUGAAGUGGCCAUUGAGUGAAUGUAAGGUUAAGACAAUCCAAGUAAUUAAUAACUUGACCAAAAAAAGAGAAGGGACAUUUUGGUGCUUCAUGAAGAAGAGUUAAGAGACUUAGAAUCACAAAAACAGUUGUUUAUUGUUAGCUCUAAAAGACAAGGCAAUAUGUUUCCAUCUAGGUUCCACAAGCGAAGAGGCAGAAAACAUUUCAUUUCAACACCAUGUCACAGAGGUCUAAUAAUUAUUUCCAAAACUGUAUAAAAAACACAGUUGAAGUAACACUAAUGAUAAAAACAUCAGUGCUGUUUGCUUGUUGUUGGGUUACAGUUGUACUUGCUGUUGUAAUAAUAAACAUAAGCUUGAGAGCAGAUGAAUCUGAGACUUGAUGUUGCAUUUGCUCUGACAGAUGCCUAACUCUAAUCCCUAUUCUCCUUUGAGAAUUAGUCUGAUAAUGUGGGGCUAAAUAAACACUGAAAAAAUGCAUCAAGUCAAGUAA